CUGCCCCAGGGCUCCAUGGGCUGGCCCUUCUUCGGGGAGACGCUGCACUGGCUCAUCCAGGGUUCCAGCUUCCACAGCUCCCGGCGGCAGCGCUACGGCGCUGUGUUCAAGACGCAUCUGCUGGGCAAGCCAGUGAUCCGGGUGAGUGGUGCCGAGAACGUGCGCAAGAUCCUGCUGGGUGAGCACAGCCUGGUGAGCGCCCAGUGGCCGCUCAGCACCCAGAUCCUGCUAGGCGAGCACACCCUCCUCAACGCCAGCGCCGAUGUGCACCGGCAGCGCAGGAAGAUCCUGGCCCGAGUGUUCAGCCGCUCUGCGCUGGAGACCUACCUGCCCCGUAUCCAGAGAGUCGUGAGCUGGGAGCUGCGGGGCUGGUGCAAGGCGCCCGGUCCAGUUGUGGUCUAUUCUUCCGCCAAGACGUUGACCUUCCGCAUCGCAGCUCGGAUCCUGCUGGGGCUCCGGCUGGAGGAGAAGGCCUUCCAGGAGCUGGCGCGAACCUUUGAGCAGCUGGUGGAGAACCUCUUCUCCUUGCCGCUCAACAUCCCCUUCAGCGGGCUGCGGAAGGGAAUCAAGGCCCGGGAUCUUUUACAUGACUACAUGGAGAAAGCCAUCCUGGAGAAACUGCAGCGGAAGGAUCCUGAGGCUCAUAGCGAUGCCCUGGAUUUCAUCAUCAAUAGCGCCAAGGAGAACGGCAAAGAAUUCACCAUGCAGGAACUGAAGGAGUCUGCCAUUGAGCUGAUCUUUGCAGCUUUCUUCACCACUGCUAGCGCUAGUACUUCCAUGAUCCUCCUCCUGCUGCAACAUCCCUUGGUCAUCAAAAAGAUCCAGCAGGAGCUGGUAUCCCAUGACCUCACCAGGCUAUGCUGUUGCUUUGCUGGUGAGGGACCCCGGACAGACGGUCAGCCUGGCCAAGAGACCCUGAUUGUCCACGGAAAUGAAAACAAGGACAGUGACUCCGAGCUGCCCCUUCCACCCAGAGUGGAUGGAGAUCAAGGCCGAGAGACAAAAGGGGAAGGGAGAGGCCCUCACUUGCAUCUCGUUGCUGGAGCCACCCAGGAAGCCACCGGCGGUGGGACUACAAACUGCCCUCGCUCUGAGCCCAUGCAAGAAGAAGCAGACCAGCUCCUCAGCAGCCUGGAAGGGCCUGAGUGCUAUUGCCAGCCUCACUUGACCCUGGAGAAGAUGAGCCGCCUGCGCUACUUGGAUUGUGUCAUCAAGGAAGUGUUGCGCUUGCUGCCCCCGGUGUCCGGAGGUUAUAGGACAGCCUUACAAACCUUUGAGCUGGAUGGUUAUCAGAUUCCCAAGGGAUGGAGCGUGAUGUACAGUAUUCGGGACACGCACGAGACCACUAGCAUCUACCAGAGUCCCCCGGAUACUUUUGAUCCUGAACGGUUUUGGGUAUCGCAGGAAGAACGGGAGGAGCACAAGGCGGCUGGCUCGACUCGCUUUCACUAUAUCCCCUUUGGCGGGGGAGUCCGAAAUUGCAUCGGAAAAGAACUGGCCCAGGCCAUCCUCAAGCUGCUGGCCAUUGAACUGGUCAGCACAGCACGCUGGGAACUGGCCACGGUCCACUUCCCAAAGAUGCAAACCGUGCCUAUUGUGCACCCUGUCGAUGGCCUGCAGCUCUAUUUUCAUCCUCUGAAACCUGGAAGAGAAAGCAACAAGGCCAACACUUGA